AUGAUCUUACGAAAUACAGGGCUACGAAGAUGUACAUAUAGAUUAUUAUCAACUAAAAACAAAGAGCUAGAGUCAUCUACCAAUACGAAUCAUGCUAUUUCAACAAAGCAAUUACUUUACACAACUGAUCCGUCAUCACCAGGAUCAAUAUUUUUCUUACCUCAUGGGACAAGAGUAUUAAAUAAAUUGAUUCAAUUUAUGAAAAAUCAACAGAUUAAAUAUGGAUUUCAAGAGGUAGUGACACCAUUGAUAUUUAAAACUAAGCUAUGGCAAAAAUCGGGUCAUUGGGAGAAUUAUAAAGACGAUAUGUUUAAAGUUGUUGGAAACGAUUUAUCAAAGGAAGAACAUCAUGGUGAGAAUAUAGAGGAACAUGAGUAUGGUUUAAAGCCAAUGAACUGCCCGAGUCAUUGCAUGAUCUAUGCAAAGUUUGAUAGAAGUUACAAUGAAUUGCCGGUAAGAUAUUCAGAUUUUAGUUCGCUACAUAGAAAUGAAGCUAGUGGUGCUUUAUCCGGAUUAACUAGAGUGCGUAGAUUUCAUCAAGAUGACGGUCAUAUAUUUUGUAAUAUGGAACAAGUUGAUCAAGAAAUUAAAAACACAAUUAAUUUAAUUAAAGACACCUAUGAUGUUUUUGGAAUAAACAAGAUUGAAUACUAUUUAUCCACUAGACCAGAAGAAAAAUUCAUUGGAGAUGUAGAAACUUGGGAUAAUGCUGAGAAUAAAUUGAAGAAAGUAUUAAACGAAGCAACCGGUGAGGGCAAUUGGACAAUUAGAGAAGGUGACGGAGCAUUUUACGGUCCAAAAAUUGAUGUUCUUUUGACUGAUGCUUUUCAGAAGAAACAUCAAGUAGGAACAAUUCAACUAGACUUUCAAUUGCCAAAAAGAUUUGAUUUGAAAUAUGUUGCAGAAGAUGGUACAAGAGAUAACCAACCAAUAUUGAUUCACAGAGCUGUUUUUGGUUCCUUGGAAAGAUUUUUUGCAAUUUUACUCGACCAUUAUCAAGGUAAAUGGCCAUUUUGGAUCAAUCCGAGACAAGCUGUAAUAAUACCUGUCAAUGAGUCUCAUAUUACACACGCAAUUGAUUUACAAAAAGUUAUAUCAGGAGACAUUGUGAAUACUGAGAAAUCAAUAUCUCCUUUAACUGGGUUCAAUUUUCAUGUGGAUGUUGACAAGAGGCCCGAAACAGUUGGAUAUAGAACAAAAGACGCUAUUCAACGUGGUUAUUCAUACAUCAUCAUCAUCGGCGACAAAGAUAUUGCAAAUGGAACAUUUGCCAUAAGAUCUCGAGAUGAUAGAAAAGUUUUUAACAAAACUUCUAACGAAAUUUAUGAACAAUUUGUAGAACUAGAAAAAUCUUAUAAAUAG